CGCUCGUGUCGAGCGACAUGGCGUCUUCUUGAAGCGUACAUCAAUCGCAAGUGUUUUCUUGACAAAGUAAUUACGAUGGCGGCCGACUCGGCAGACAAGAAAGAUGCUGAAUCCUCAGGAAGCAAAGACCGGGAGAGCAAAGGCACCCGGUCACGAGAACGCAAAGUAUCGCCGAUACGCAAACGCAAUCGUUCUCGUGAACGGAAACGCUCAAACUCAGCAGAAAGAGACCGACGCAUGAAAGACAAGGACAGAGAGAAGGAGCGUGACAGAGAUAAGGAGAGAGAGAGCCGCAAGGAUCGAGACGGCCAUCGGCGUGAUAAAGAUCGCGGCAGGAGGUCCAGAAGUCUGUCCCCCAAAUCGAGGGAAAAAUUAAAGAGAGACAAGGAUAUUAAAACUGAAGAGGAAGAAGAUGAAAAGAAGAAGAAAGAUAAGGUGCAACCUUUAUCUUUGGAAGAGCUUCUAGCUAAGAAGAAGGCAGAAGAGGAAGCGGAGGCAAAGCCCAAAUUCCUCUCAAAAGCGGAGCGAGAAGCCGAGGCUCUGAAACGGCGGGAGCAAGAGACGGAGGAAAAGAGGAAGGUGAUGGAAGAAGAGAGGAAGAAGAGAAGGAUGUUCCAGGACAUGGGGAGAAAAAUGAUGGAGGACCCCCAGGAAAGGGAGAGACGUGAGAGAAGAGAGCGAAUGGAGCGAGACAACAACGGGAAUGAAGACAAUGAUGGAAGACAAAAGCUCAGGGAGGAGAAGGAUAAAAGCAAAGAACUCCACGCCAUCAAGGAGCGUUACCUUGGCGGGGUCAAGAAACGCCGGAGAACUCGCCACCUGAAUGACAGGAAGUUCGUGUUUGAGUGGGACGCUUCCGAAGACACCUCCACCGACUACAACCCGAUUUACAAAGAAAAGCACCACGUGCAGCUGUACGGGCGCGGCUUUAUCGCUGGCAUCGAUUUGAAGCAGCAGAAAAGAGACCAGUCCCAAUUCUACGGCGACCUGAUGGAGAACAGACGUACGCUGGAGGAGAAGGAGCAGGAGGAGGUAAGACUGAAGAAGAUGCGUAAGAAGGAAGCGAAGCAGCGCUGGGACGACAGACAUUGGUCCCAGAAGAAGCUGGAAGAGAUGACGGACAGAGACUGGCGAAUCUUCAGAGAGGACUACAGCAUCACCACCAAGGGAGGAAAGAUCCCCAACCCCAUCAGGAACUGGAAGGAGUAUUCGCUGCCCGACCACAUCCUGGAGGUCAUCGACAGCUGUGGCUACAAGGAGCCGACUCCGAUUCAGAGGCAGGCCAUUCCUAUUGGCUUACAGAACCGUGACAUCAUUGGUGUGGCCGAGACGGGUAGCGGUAAGACGGCUGCUUUCCUGAUUCCACUGCUGGUCUGGAUCACCACCCUGCCAAAGAUCGAUAGGAUUGAAGACUCGGACCAGGGUCCGUACGCCGUGAUCCUGGCUCCGACUCGUGAGUUGGCGCAACAGAUUGAGGAGGAGACCCUCAAGUUCGGUAAACCUCUCGGCAUCCGCACGGUGGCUGUGAUCGGAGGAAUCUCCAGAGAGGACCAGGGCUUCCGUCUCCGGAUGGGCUGUGAGAUUGUGAUCGCCACCCCCGGCCGUCUGAUCGACGUGCUGGAGAACCGCUACCUGGUGCUGGGCCGCUGCACCUACGUGGUCCUCGACGAGGCCGAUCGCAUGAUCGACAUGGGCUUCGAGCCCGACGUCCAGAAGAUCCUGGAGUACAUCCCGGUGACCAAUCAGAAGCCGGACACGGACGAAGCGGAGGACCCCGAGAAAAUGAUGUUGAACUUCGAAUCUGGGAAACAUAAAUACAGACAAACGGUCAUGUUCACCGCCACUAUGCCUGCAGCUGUGGAGAGACUGGCCAGGAGCUACUUGAGACGGCCCGCUGUGGUGUACAUCGGCUCUGCCGGCAAACCUCACGAGAGGGUCGAGCAGAAGGUGUUGCUGAUGUCCGAGGGAGAGAAAAGGAAGAAGCUGCUGGAGGUGUUGUCGCGCGGCUUCGAGCCUCCCAUCAUCAUCUUCGUCAACCAGAAGAAGGGCUGCGACGUGCUGGCGAAGUCUCUGGAGAAGAUGGGCUACAACGCCUGCACGCUGCACGGCGGCAAAGGCCAGGAGCAGCGAGAGUUUGCCCUCUCCAACCUCAAGGCGGGAGCCAAAGACAUCCUGGUGGCCACGGACGUCGCUGGCCGAGGUAUCGAUAUCCACGACGUCUCCAUGGUGCUCAACUACGACAUGGCGAAGAACAUCGAAGAUUACAUCCAUCGUAUCGGUCGUACGGGUCGCGCGGGUAAGAGCGGCAUGGCCUUGACGUUCCUCACCAAAGAGGACUCUCAGGUGUUCUACGACCUGAAGCAGGCCUUCCUCGAGAGCCCCGUCUCCACCUGUCCUCCGGAGCUGACCAACCACCCGGACGCGCAGCACAAGCCUGGAACCAUCCUGACCAAGAAGAGACGCGAGGAGACCAUCUUCGCCUGAUGCCUCCAGACUGUGUCCACACAAACUGGACUUGACUCACACACACACACACACACACACACACACACUCACACGCAGAGCAGAGUCUCCAGCUGUCUCUUUACGUUGUAGCCGUACACGAUGUCGGUUUUGCAUUCUGGUUUUGGUCUCCAGGUUAUUUUACUCCCAUUUCUUUGGUUCUUUCUCCACCUCGGCUCCCUCGCUCUCCACCCGUUGUCGUUAACUGUCGCAGGAAUCAUCGGCGUGCUCGUUUAGGACUCAGACGUGGGCGGUUUCUCAUCGGUGUGUGUGAAUAUUUCUACUCAUUCACGGAUGCGUAAAUGAGGAUUCAGUGGUAUAUGUUCUGUUUUGCUUCUCCAAGCAUGAAGUGAUUAUGUAACUGAUCUGCACUGUGGAGAUGCUGCUCUUCAGUUGUCUAAUGAGAUCAAUACCAGCCAGGAUGUGAGUGCAGAUGAGUAGUGCUGUGUUUUAUUGAUUAUCUGGUGACCAUAGUUUCAGUUUCCUCUUUUGUUUAAGAGACCAAUCCCAGAAGUGAUGGGCAUUUUCUUGAGCUUCAGAUGCACCCUCUGACCUAAAUUGUGAUUCAUCAUUUUAAAUAUAAACAUUUGUAUGGAGUGA